AUGACCAAUUCUUUAUCGAUAAAAGCGCUCCAUGAGCAUGGUAGACAUACGCGUGUGCAAAUCACCCUUCAAAAGGCUCCCUCUUUCAUCAAGCGCUCACGAGCAGACAGACAGACUCCGGUCACAGUCCGAAAUGGGUGCUUCAAUCUACCAGUGGUACUCGCGGUGAAUCAUCAAUUGAUUGCGAAUUCCGCUUGA